UAUUUCGCUCUGUACAAAUACAUCUUAACUUCUCAAAUGUCUUAGAAAAUAAACCUUCAUCGAUCUGCUCCUUUCCUCUACAUCCGACGUUCUUCUUCCGCUGCUGCAAGUCCACGGCCUUCCAUCAGCCGAUGUUUUCCCUUCCGCUGAUCAGCGCUCUGUACUAAAUCUGCUGCAAGUCCACGGCCAUCCAGCACCUACGGCCAGCAGCUAAAUCAAUUUCCCCCUUGGUCAAGCUAUGACUGUCGUCUCUCACCGCUACACCUCUUCACCUCCUUGGCUCCCGUUCGCCCGCACCAGUCCUUCCCUUCGAAGAUGAAGUAUUCAGCCGCACCAGUCCUUCGCUAGAAUAUUAUGAUUAAGGUCGAAGAUGAAAUCUGAUUUCAUAAAAGGUCGUGUGAUUUCCCCUUAUUUGAAUUUAGUGGCUUUCAUACUUAAUUAUGACAAUUAUUAAAUUGUUCUUUAUUCGGAAAUUCCAUAAUAAAAUUUAUUUUUAACUCUUUUCCCCAAACAGAAUUAAUUUUUUAAUUUAGAAAUCCAAAUUCUACCCAAAUCCAAUUUAAAAUGCCCCUUUAAAGUUUGAGUUUAUGAAUGGCCUUGAAAGUUUAAUUUUAAUUUUGUAGGUCAUCGAACUGAAAUACAGAUGCUAUUAAUUUUGAAAGUUUAAUUUUGAUAUAAAUUUUCGUCCCCCUGUAUUUUUUAUGCAACAUAUUUACCUACAACAAAUUAAAGAGAUAAUUCUACAUAAAAAAAGAAAGAAUCCCACGAAGAAUUGUAUUCUUAAACCAAUUGGGACACAUACAUGAGUAUCCAUUCAAGACGUUAUUUUAUCCGAAAAGGGCUCUUUCUUAGUAUUGAUACUCAUCUCUCUCUCUCUUAUGGUAUUAAUAAUUAUCUCUUCAGUCAAGUGUUUGUAUUAUAAUAUAACUCUUCCUGUAUAAUUCACACCUAUAUAUACUUACAUAUACCUACGUAAUACUAUGCUCUCAUAAUACUCACUCUUCCUUUUUCUUCUGCAAUUCACAAAUCAUGGCUCCGGUUCAAAUUUUUUUGUCUGAUGUCACUCUCAACCUCAAACGCAAUGAAGCACUGUUACUACGUGUAGUGCGUAAGUGGGUUGUUCAAUACGAGGAAAACAGAUUCAUGGAAUUGGUGUUAGUCGAUGAGAAGCGCAUGCGUAUUCAAGCAUCAAUAUCUCAAACAGAAAUCCCACUCUUUGAUGAUCUGUUGGAAGAAGGUGGGUUGUAUGCAAUGUUGAGCUUCACUGUCAAGUCAAAUAAUGGAAAGUGGAGACCUACAUCACACCGUUUCAAGCUUCAAUUCAAUGAAACAACUAAAGUAUUGCGUCAGGAUCUGCAACAGCAUCAGGACUUUCCCCGAGAAAUUUACAAUUUUACAUGUUUCAAUGAUAUUCACAACUAUCCUGAUGUGGCUGCUCCAGAUCUCAUCGAUGUUAUUGGUGCGUACAAUCCCCUGGACAAAUUCAAGAAGCUUCACACAGAUUCAGGAUCAACAUACACCAGCUUUUAUAUUCGUGAUAUCGAAAAUAAGAGGCUCUUUUGUACUCUAUGGAAUGUGUACGUUGACCAGUUUGAGGCAUAUUUAUCUGAACCAAGAUCAAGCCCGGUGGUUAUUUUGUUGCAGCUGUGCCGUAUCAAUCCAAAAUAUGGUGGAUGUUCCACAAAAGGAGUAGCUACAUCUUUCCAUGUGACAAAACUUCUUCUUGAUGCACAAGUUCCAGAUAUAGAAGAUUUCCGUGUGAGGUAAACUUCUAUUUAAAACAGUCAUGUAAGUACAUUUGUAGGUGUAAAAUGUUUCCAUCUACAAUUACUGCAAGUAUAUGUCCAUUAUAAAAGUGCACUAACAUUUGCACUAACAUUCUCUGAGGCAUCCGACAACCGUACGCCAGAAAAAGUUGAUGAGAUUAAAAUGUAUUACGAUUGUCGGUAUAUCUCUGCGUGUGAAGCGGCUUGGAGAAUAUUUGGAUUCCACAUUCAUUACAGGGAUAUCGCGGUUGAACGUCUAAGCUUUCAUCUCCCGAACCAACAUCACGUCUACUACAAUCCUGAACAAUCUGUCACUUCCGUGCUUGGACGUCCUACUAUCCACGCCACUAAGUUUUUAGCUUGGAUGCAUGCAAAUAAUGUGUAUCCUCAAGCUAGGAACUUAACUUAUGCUGAAUUUCCUACAAAGUUCACCUGGAAAAACAAUACAAGAGAGUGGGUACCACGACAAAGAGGCACCGCAAUUGGAAGACUAUAUUUCAUGCGCCCAGGAGCAGGGGAGAAAUAUUAUUUGAGGAUGCUCCUUGGUGUUGUGAAGGGUGCAAGGAGUUUUGAAGAACUCAGGACAGUUGAUGGAGUCAUACACUCGACGUUUAGAGAAGCUUGCUCUGCCCGUAAUAUGUUAAAUGACGAUAAAGACUAUAUAGAUGGACUUAUAGAACAAAGCCAUUGGGCAACAGCGCAUGAACUUCGCAUCACAUUUGUUCAUCUUUUACUACAAGAGUCAUUAUCUAUGCCCAGUAUGGUUUGGGAGAAGUGUUGGUCCUAUCUAUCUGAUGAUAUACUCUACACUAUUAGGAAGAACCUCAAUGAUCAAGAAUUGCAGCUGGAUGAGAAGCAAAUAAAGAAUUAUUGUUUGUUGGAAGUUGAAAAACUUCUACAACAUCGUGGAAAGUCUCUAUUCUACUAUGACGGAAUGCCUCGAGUAACGGAUCUUGACAUCCCCUCUCUUGAUGAUGUUUUGAUACACGAGGAAUUGAGAUAUGACAAACAUGCUUUGGCGGAGGAACAUGAUAGAUUAAUUUCCGCGUUGACAGAGGAUCAAAAGCGUGUUUACGAGACAAUAGUGAGUUCUGUGGAGGCCAACCGUGGCGGUGUGUUCUUCUUAUAUGGACACGGUGGUACAGGGAAAACAUAUCUGUGGAAGACCUUAUCAGCAUAUAUAAGACAUCAAGGAAAUAUUGUGUUGAACGUAGCUUCUAGUGCGAUCGCAUCAUUGCUCCUUCCUGGUGGAAGAACGGCACAUUCCAGGUUUAAAAUCCCACUCACAGCAGCAGAAGAUUCAACUUGCAAUAUAAAGCCAGGAAGUGCCCUUGCGAAGCUAAUUCAAAUGACGAAAUUGAUAAUUUGGGACGAGGCACCUAUGACUAAUAAGUACUGCUAUGAAGCUCUUGAUAGGACUAUGCGGGAUAUUCUUCGACAUUCAUAUGGUUGUGAUGGGAGCAAACCUUUUGGUGCAAAAACAAUUGUCUUUGGCGGAGACUUUAGACAGAUUCUACCGGUAAUUCCAAAGGGUAGCAGGCAAGAUAUUGUGCAAGCGACUUUGAACUCAUCCUUCCUUUGGCCGUUUUGCAAGGUACUAAGGCUAACGAAGAACAUGAGAGUGCGGAGUGGAUCAGACGAUCUUAAUUCUGCAAACAUACAAUGGUUCAUUGAUUGGAUUUUAAAGAUAGGGGACGGGGUUCUAGGUGACAAUGAGGAUGGAGAAUCAUAUAUUCACAUACCUGAAGAAUUCCUCGUGCCUUGGAUUUCUGAUCCAGUUACUUCUAUUGUCCAAAGUACAUAUCCCGAUUUCUUGACACAUUGCACAUCGCCAUCAUAUUUAAUGUCAAGAGCAAUACUUGCGCCAACAGUUGACGAGGUGGAUAAGGUUAAUGAUUACAUGCUCGCACAACUACCAUCAGAAAUGAAGACAUAUUUCAGCUCUGAUUCUGCAUCAUUGUCUGAUUCUGAUAGUAGUUUGUUGCAAGAGAUCCAUUCUCCAGAAUACCUUAAUGGAAUCAAAUGUUCCGGAGUACCUAGCCAUGAGCUCAAAUUAAAAGUGGGUGCCCCUGUGAUGCUUAUGAGGAAUCUUGAUCAAUCAUUGGGUUUGUGUAAUGGCACUCGGCUUUUAGUGACCCGACUUGGAAAAAAUGUUAUUGAGGCCCAAAUGUUGUCAGGGCCAACUGCCGGCCAAAAGCAUUUCAUUCCCCGUCUUACCUUGACUCCUUCUGAUGUCAAACUGCCAUUCACCUUUCAGCGUAGGCAAUUUCCUCUUAUGGUUAGUUAUGCGAUGACUAUAAAUAAGAGUCAGGGUCAGUCAUUGGAAAAUGUUGGGAUAUUCUUACGGCGACCGGUUUUUAGCCAUGGGCAGCUUUACGUUGCUGUAUCAAGAGUCACGAGUCCAGCUGGUUUGAAGUUUUUGAUAUGUGAUGAUAAUGGUAGACCGACAAACUCCACAUUAAAUGUUGUAUACAAAGAGGUCUUUACCAAUUUGUAGUUUUACAUUUUGCCUUGAAUAAAUUUGAGAACAUUUUAAUUUUAAUUCCAUAUUACAAUAUUAUGCACUC